AGACCGGAUAUGUCCAUCUGCCAGAACCUUCCUCUCCGUUGUUAAUGCGCAACGUAGCUCGGAGUGGAAAGACGGUUGUCACUUGAAGUGAAGAGUGAGAAUCGCAGGAGAAAUGCCGGCGGGGAAAAGUUACAGGAAGAGGCGAGAGGAGGAGUCGGAGUCGGACGAAGAAGAUGAGCAGAGGGUGGUGGAGGUCAGGUCAAAACUAGACGAACUGAAGGAAAUUCAGAGUUUAAGGAAGAGACAAAAUGGAGUGAGUGCUGCCGCCCUGCUGGUUGGGGAACAAACACCGGAAGAAACUUCAAAUGCGGAUGACCCCUUUAAACUGAAGACGGGAGGUAUGAUUGAUAUGAAGAUCCUGAAGGACCGAAAGCGAGAAAAGAUAGAGGAGGAAGACACAGACUUGAACUUGGGCACAUCAUUUUCGGUGGAGACCAAUAGACGUGACGAGGAUGCUGACAUGAUGAAGUAUAUUGAGACGGAAUUAAGGAGGAGGAAAGGAAUCCUGGAAAAUGAGGAACAGAAGACAAAGGUGAAAAAUCCAGAAGAUAUGCUCUAUGAACUGCCUGAUAAUAUCAAUGUUUCUUCUGCCAAGCGUACAGAAGAAAUGCUAUCCAAUCAGAUGCUAAGUGGCAUUCCAGAGGUUGAUCUGGGGAUCGAUGCAAAAAUAAAGAAUAUUAUCAGCACUGAAGAGGCAAAAGCCCUGCUCUUGGCUGAACAACGCAACAAAAAGAAGGAUAACAGCACCUCCUUUGUACCCACGAAUAUUGCAGUCAACUAUGUCCAGCAUAACCGGUUCUACCGAGAGGAAUUGCAUGCACCUGCAAAACGCCAUAAAGAGGAAGCCAAACCUCGGCCUUUGAGAGUGGGGGACACUGAUAAACCGGAGCCUGAACAAACUCCUCCAAAUCGUAAACGGCCUUCGAAUGAAAAAGCAACAGAUGACUAUCAUUAUGAAAAGUUCAAGAAAAUGAGCAGAAGAUACUGAAGAGUGGCUCAAACUAUUCCAGGUGUUUGUGUAUUUUAAAUGUCUUGUGGCAACGAAACUGCAGACCGAAUCUGGAAAAGUGAACAGGAGUUUAUCUUUCAAGAGUGAACCUAUAAUUCUAUCCAAUGUUUGUCAAAAAGAUCUAAACCACAGAAUAUUUGUAUAACGACCAUACCACAACCACCCUGAGAAAUGGUCACUCCAUACUGUUCCGAACUAUUUUCAUUGCUUUGUAUCUGAGUUGAAUGGUGGUGAAAAUGUAUAGACUUAAUAGGUGAGGGAGAAUUGGAGCACAAUAACUUUAUUUGACUAGCCUACUCCAGUUUGUUUGACAAUUUCCUCACCUGAAUUUUGUGUAAAACUUGAACUGCAGGAACGUGGUCAUACACAAAUCAUUAAAAAAACAUGAUUCCA